UGCUCUUGUCGGAGAGAGCAAUUCGAGUUUUCCGAUCAUUGUUAGGGUUAAGAUCCCUCGAUCUCGUGGGGCUCCUCCUCACCCUGUCCCGGAUGCGCGAACGACGGAAAUCCAAUGGGAAAAUGGAACCCUCGGACGAGGGCGAGGCCGCGCCAUCGAUUGUCUUCCUCAGCAGUAGCGACGAUGAGGAGGCGAACGAGGACCUUAGCCUCGCCAUCGUCAAGAAGGCGCGCCAGCGCGAGGCGAAGCGGAAGUGGUCCGAGGGCGCCCUCGGCCCCGGUCCCGUCUCUGCCGUCUCGCUGGCUCACGUCAUUGAGAUUUCCUCCUCUUCUCCUCAAUCCUCAGGCGAGGCGGAGCUUGCCUCUGAUCCGACCCCUGCCCCUUCUUCCGGAGGUUUGAUGUCUCCCAUGGAGGAGGCGAACAUGCAGAAGAAGCCGAAGAAGAGGAGGAAGAAGAAGAAGAAGAAGCAGUUGGAAGAGAAGGAAGUUCUGCAGGUGGAUACUAUAGUCGAAGAAGAGAAGCCAUCGGGGCCGCCAGAGUCUGUGAUCACUGAGGUGAAUGAAACAUCGGACAAUCUAGUUUUUCGAAAGCUUCUUCGUGGGCCAAGAUAUUUCUAUCAUUGGGAAAACAAUGUCGGGGCUUGCUUCAACUGUGGGGAAGAGGGCCAUACAGCUGCAAAUUGUACAAUGGAGAAGCGGCAGAGACCUUGCUUUGUUUGUGGGUUGUUUGGUCAUAAUGGAAAGCAGUGCUUACAGGGACAAGAUUGUUUUGUUUGCAAAAGAAGAGGCCACCAUGCAAAAGACUGCCCUUACAAAAAUAAAAAGGUUGCUCAGUGUUCAGAAAUUUGCCUACGGUGUGGAGAGACAGGACAUGUUAUGUUGUCAUGUAGAAAUGAUUAUUCACCUAAUGACUUGAAGGAGAUGCAAUGUUAUGUUUGCGGAAAGUAUGGUCAUCUAUGUUGUGUUAACUUCACAGAUACUGGUCCAAGAGAAUCCUUUUGUUACAAUUGUGCUAAGCCUGGCCAUACUGGCUUGGGGUGUGCAAAACCACGUGGUGAUAGUGUUGCUGUUGAUUCACCAGCUGUGUGCUGUAUUUGUCAUGAAGAAGGACAUUUUGCACGAGGUUGCACAAAAAGGACUAAGUCUUCUAGAAAGAUGGGCGAAUCAUUAACACCUCAGACGUUUGACAAGAAGAAUAGGAGGUCUAGGGGAUUUAAGUCCGUCCCUCGUGAUUUUGGUAAAGAACGAAAGAAGAAAAGCUUGGUAUAUGAAGAAAGAAGGAACAUGACAGCCAGUAAGUUGAAAACAAGAGGUGGUUGGAUUGUUGAUGAUCCGGGUGAUCUUCCUAAGAAGAAAUUCAGAGCGAAUAAUUAUUCAUCACCUGUGACAGCAACACAAAGGAGCCAAAGAAAUUACUCAUCAGGUUUUAGUGGGCAUUCUUCAAGUUUUCAUACUCCUAAGAGAUGGAAGUCUUACACUGGAACUCCCAAUUCUCAUGCUACAGUAAAGGCCUUGCAUCGAGAAUUUUCAUCGUAAAGAUUUAGUAACUCAUUACUAUUUUUGUGAGGGCUUAAAGCAGGAAAUCAUGGGUUCUUUUUCAAAUUAGGCAAAUCUGCAGAAGUAUUCUCUUUGUUUGAAACAAGUGCUCCUGAAGUGAUCCUCAAUGCCUCCUUGAUACAGGGCCUUAUCUUGCAUUGUUCUUUUAGCAGUUCAGGGGUGCUUUAAUUCUUGACAAAGGUAAUGGAAUGAGAUGAUGCGCAAAGGCACUUCCCCAAGGAAUGAACUUCUGAGUACUAUCUUUUGUUGGCUUGACUUACAUGGCUUCCAGAUGAUGAAGGCUUAUUGGCUGGAAUAGCUUGUUGGUACUUGGAACAUUUCCUGCAUUCUUCAUUGUUCAUGAUUCCUGCCAGAAUCAAGGGAGCUGAUUCUUUAGUCUUUGAAGAAGUUUGUUUUCUUAUAUGCAGACUCAUUGUUUUGCUUAUCAUUCAUUACCUCGACUUGAAGCUUCUGAUUCUUAAAAGUUUCUUUUGGUGUCAACUUUAAGCAGUUUAUUCCUGUAAUGCCUAUGAUUACUCUGCUG